CACACAAACGCACACACUUCAUCAGCCUUUCCUCUCGCUCUAAUUAGAGGGAGUGGUUCGAUAAUGCGCCAACCUUCUCCAGCAGCCAAAGGGUUAAACUGUCGAGCCUGUUGUUGAACGCACAGUCCAUCCCACCCGGCUGUGUCGCUAAGGAAGGUCGGCUACUUGAGAAGAAAGCAACAGAUCCUCAACUGGAAAACAACCUCACAUCUGGCACGCGAGCUAAACUGGAAGAACUGGUGGGAAUACGAUUAAAUGCGCGGCUGGAUCAUUGUCAGGCGUCAUCAUCUUGCAUAGAGGAGAGAAAAAAGUUGUCAGAAAUAAUUGUGGAUUUUGACGUUGCAGAGUUUGGAUAUGAUUUGUCUCAAAUGAGUGGACAACCGCUUCUUUUACCGGAGGGCCGAGCAGCCACCAGGUCCCUCUCGAUGAUCAGCUCGGUGUGCGUGUCGUCUUACCGGGGCCGCAAGUCGGGCAACAAACCUCCGUCUAAAACAUGUCUGAAGGAGGAGAUGUACAGAGGGGAAGACUCGGAAAAAAUGAUCAUCAACGUGGGCGGAACCCGACAUGAAACCUACAAGAGCACCCUCAGGACCCUGCCGGGGACACGCCUGGCAUGGCUGGCAGACCCGGACCCGCAGGUCAGCUCGGACUCGGACGCGGCGCCCCCGAGCGCCGAGUUCUUCUUCGACCGACACCCGGGCAUCUUCGCCUACGUGCUGAACUACUACCGAACCGGCAAGCUGCACUGCCCGGCCGACGUCUGCGGUCCGCUGUUCGAGGAGGAGCUGGCGUACUGGGGGAUCGACGAGACCGACGUGGAGCCGUGCUGCUGGAUGACCUACCGGCAGCACCGGGACGCGGAGGAGGCCCUGGAGACAUUUGAACCGCCGGACCCAGAGGCCGAGGAAGACCGAGAGAUGCCGAGGCGGUUCGGCAUAGAGGACUGCCCCGACAGGUCGAGGGGCUGCUGCGAGGUUUGGCAGCCGAAGGUCUGGGCUUUGUUUGAAGACCCGUACUCGUCCAGAGCAGCCAGGGGAGUGGCGUUUGCCUCUCUCUUUUUCAUCCUGGUGUCCAUCACCACCUUCUGCAUGGAGACCCACGAAGCCUUCAAUGAACUGCAGAACCGGACGGAGCUGGUUGUCGUGGGCAACGUCACACAGAGUGUGGAAAAGCUGGAGAUGGUUACCAAGCCCAUCCUCACCGUGGUGGAGGGCAUCUGUGUGGUCUGGUUCACGUUUGAAUUCCUGGUGCGUAUCAUCUGCUGCCCACACAAGGUGGUCUUCAUCAAGAACACGCUCAACAUCAUUGACUUCGUGGCCAUUCUGCCGUUCUACCUUGAGAUGGGCCUGAAGGGUCUGUCGUCCAAAGCGGCCAACAACGUGCUCGGCUUCCUCCGCGUGGUGCGGUUUGUUCGGAUCCUCCGGAUCUUCAAGCUGACGCGGCACUUUGUCGGCCUGCGCGUGCUUGGCCACACGCUGAGGGCCAGUGUCAAUGAAUUCCUCCUCCUCAUCAUCUUCUUGGCACUGGGUGUACUCAUCUUCGCCACCAUGAUCUACUACGCGGAGCGCAUCGGAGCCAACCCCAGUGACCCCACGGGCUCAAAACACACACACUUCAAGAACAUCCCCAUCAGCUUCUGGUGGGCGGUGGUCACCAUGACGACGCUGGGCUAUGGAGACAUGUUCCCAAAGACGUGGCUGGGCAUGAUAGUGGGGGCGCUGUGCGCGCUGGCCGGGGUGUUGACCAUUGCCAUGCCGGUCCCCGUCAUCGUCAAUAACUUUGGGAUGUACUACUCGCUGGCCAUGGCCAAACAGAAGCUGCCGAAAAAGAAGAAGAAGCACAACCCGAACCCAGACGCCCCGACAGACUCGGUCUCGUUUGGGAAGUCGGAAACAAACUCGCACAGAGACAGCACUCAGAGUGACACGUGCCCGCUGGCUGCUGAGGAGAGCGUCAGCAGGAACCGCUCAGACUCCAAACAGAACGGGGAUGCAAAUGUGGCCCUUUCAGAGGAGGAAGGCUGCAGUCUGACACAGCCGCUGUCCCCCAGUGAAAAGUGGUCCCUGCGGUGCUCUCGAGGGCGAGACAAGACUAAGAAGGAGGCCACCUGCUUCCUCUUAACCCCUGGAGACCCCAACGCCCAUACUGAGACGUGUAAAGACAUCCUCGCUGCCACUGGGAACUACGCUCAGCCGGAGGUCACCACGCUGACCUGAUGCUGAUUGGCUGCAAAAGGAGAACGACCAUGAGCUCUCGGUGGAGCACAUCCUGUGCGGAGCUCCUUUUUUUUUCCUGGAUGAACUGCAGAGUGGAUUCUCUUUGUUCAAGACAAGGUUGUUUUGUUCAGUUGCAUAGGAGAUUUAGCAUAUGUGUACACUCAUUUGUAUGUUUUGGAGCAUUUUGCAUGUGUUGCACGAUCUACCAUUAUACAAUGUAGUGGCUACCAUUUAAUGUUCAGCAUUUAGUGGACGGGUCUUAACAAAGGCCCUGAUUAAUCAGCUUCUUGUUGCGUACGACAUGAACCCACAGGUUUCUGCCGUCGUUGGAAUAGUUUACAAGUUUGAAGUAGGUGGCGAGUCUCAAUUGGAAAAAUAUGAUGUCAGGAUUUACAACAUUUGAAUUGGAUGACAGUUGGUGGGUUGUUUGGUCACUGUCAAUCAAAUCUGACCAAGUCUUACUCACACAGUGCUGAUGAAGCAGAUUAAUAGUUCAGUCUUAACUUUUAAUGUAUAUUAUAAACUUUAGUUUCUAUUAUUGGUCAACUUUGACUGUUGCUUAUUUACUCAUGAAUGGUCAAUAUUGUAGAGGAAGACUUUUCAUGGGUUUUUUAAUUGACAGCAAGGUUCCUUUAACCAUAUGGCAACAUCUUUGCUAAUGAGAUUUGUCAGCGUGAUUUUCUUUAUCUUUCACCUUUUGGAUUAGCACAGUGUGUACAGAAGUGUCAGUUUUAGAACUAUAAACAACAUAAAACGUAAUCGUCAUUUGGAUUAAUGUCUUUAGUCUCUGAAUGUUAACUGUCAAGUAAGAACACCCAAAGACUUGUGAAUAUGGGUUUGUACAGAAAAGCUGUUACUGUGAACUAGGAUUAGAUGAGAAUUUGAAAUCACUGUUUGAUCCUGAACCAAACAGAACCAGAAUUCUUUGUUUGUCCCCCAGUCGCUGCCUUCUGUUGUGCCACUGCUUUUUAACACUGACCACAGGGACACAGCAUGUCCCCAGAGUGGUAUGAACGCUGCCCAGGCAACACAUUGUUUGUAAAUCCUUGUACAAUAAGAGUUUAACAAACGAAAAGAAUACAAUGGAGCAGUAUUGUUUGUCUAUUACAUUAGCUGUAUACAACCGAAGCACCGCUGCUGGUUGAGUCAGGACCAACUGUAGAUUCUAUUCGAUCACAUGGUAGAUUUUUAGUACUAUCGUUAGUCAAAAGAAAUACAUCCAGUGCAAUGCCGUCAGUUCCACUUGUGGCUCAUGUUGAGUAAUGGAGCUUAAAUGUGUGCGGUAAUGUUAUUUGUACCUUAACACUUCUGGUUGUGUCGGAUCUGUAGAAACCCUGUUACUCGUUUCAGCAGAGGGAGAAGCGGCAGGAGUGUGGUUUCUUUCACGUGUGACUUGUAAUAUAUUCCUCAUGGUCUACCAUAGUGGCCUUAUGUUUAAUAAACAAAGGGAAAGUUCAUUUCAUCUUCAUUAGACUCCAGCUCUGUUUCUAUGCUGACCCAGAGGUCUGUAAGUAUGUAUAAGCACAGUUGUACGUAUGUAGCACUGCAUAUUCUGGAUCCUCCCUUUAACUCUUUUCUCUUCUGUAUAUGACAUGUUUAUGCACCAUGAAAUGGCCGUUCGCCAAUAAGGAAGCAUUAUUAUUUAGAUAAUUAACCUUUUUUGCCUCAUUUCCUGUUUUCCCUGUUGUAAACUUGAAUGCGAUGGUGAAGGACACUCCGUUUCAUGUCUCCCCAUCAUGGAUUGUAUAGGUGUGAUGGAAUUUAACCCACUCCAACUGUCAGAUGUGUGCGUGUGAUGUAUCAUAUAGGCAUGUGUUUUUUUAUUGCAGAAAUAUAAAUAAAAUCCCCCCUUGCGGUGUUGAAGAUAA